AUGGAAGGUAUAAAGAUACCUUCAACUACGGCUAUCAAUCAUGUUUGUACAGAAAUCCAACACGAAAAUAGAAGUCAAAGAGAAGAAGAAAAUCUUACUGAGUCAGAUGCUGAUAAGUUUCGGCAAGCUAGGGUUUUCAACCUUAUCCAUGGGCUUCGUUUCAAGAGUGUCCUGGUAAUGUCAGGACUUGAUGAUGAAGGAAAUAUCUUGCUACAUAUGGUAGCUACGAAGGCUCCAGAUCACGUUCUUAAUCGCAUCUACGCACCAACACUACAAAUGCAAAGAGAACUGCAAUUGUUCAAGGAGGUGGAGACUAUCAUAACUCCAGUUUUUAGGGGACUUCGAAACAAGCAUGGCAUGACAGCCGAAGAAUUAUUCAGAGAAAGUCAUAAGGAUUUGAUGAAAACAGGAGGGAAAUGGAUAAAGGCUACAGCAUCUUCUUGUUCGGUUGUCGGAGCACUAAUUGUGACCAUUAUGUUUGCUGCAGCUUUGACUGUGCCAGGAGGAAAUGACCAAAAUUUUGGACACCCAUGA